AUGGGAAUACAGGGUCUUUUGCCCCAGUUGAAAUCGAUUAUGGUGCCAAUCCACAUCAAGCAGUUCGAGGGUUGCAAUGUAGCGGUCGACACAUAUUCUUGGCUCCACAAAGGUGCCUUAUGUUGCAGUACCGAGCUUUGCAAAGGGGUACCUACAUCCAGACACAUUGAGUAUUGCAUGCGCAAAGUAAAUUUGCUGCGGCACUAUGGUGUUAAGCCUAUUCUUGUAUUUGAUGGAGGCCUUCUACCAAUGAAGAGCGAACAAGAGAACAAGCGUGCAAGGGCGAGAAAGGAAAAUCUUGCACGUGCUGUUGAACUUGAGUCACAUGGAAAUUCUACUGCUGCUUUUGAGUGCUACCAGAAAGCUGUUGAUAUCUCACCUCUAGUUGCAUGUGAACUAAUUCAGGUGUUGAAGCAGGAGAAUGUGCCUUAUCUUGUUGCUCCUUAUGAGGCGGAUGCCCAGAUGACAUUCUUGGCAGCUAGCAAACAAGUUGAAGCAGUUAUAACUGAAGACUCUGAUCUUAUACCAUUUGGUUGUCCAAGAAUCAUCUUUAAAAUGGACAAGUUUGGUCAAGCUGUAGAAUUUCAGCAUUCCAUGCUACAAAAGAACAAAGAGCUUAGUUUUGAAGGGUUCACCCGCCAAAUGCUUCUUGAAAUGUGUAUAUUGAGUGGUUGUGACUAUCUGCAGUCCUUGCCAGGUGUGGGUCUCAAAAGGGCUCAUGCAAUUAUCAAGAGGUUCAAAAGUUAUGACAAGGUUCUUAAGCAUUUGAGAUUCAAUGGAGUUUCUGUUCCUUCCUCUUACGAAGAAUCAUUCAAGAAGGCUAUAUUGACUUUUCAAUAUCAACGAGUUUAUAAUCCAAUCAUUGAAGAUAUUGUUCAUUUGUCUGAUGUACCCGCUGAUAGUGUUGAUGACUUAGACUUCUUAGGACCAUCAAUGCCAAAAGAAAUAGCGCAAGGAAUAGCAAAAGGGGAUCUUGAUCCAUUUACUAAAAUGCCAUUUCAGGUAGAGAAUUGUACUGCUGGACUGGCAAUGGAGAGGGCUUCAGAAAUAAAAACAUCACAUUCCAAGAUCACAAAGAAAAGAAUAGAUUUACCUGUGCAGAAGAAUGUUUUAACCAAGUAUUUUUGUUUUGCAUCUCUUGAAGCAAAAAGAAAAUUCAUAGCACCUCGGAUGUCACCUACUGCUACAGAUCAAAGUACAGUGGGCUCCUCUUCUGUCAAUUCCCAGGACCAUGAGACUUUGGAAACUGCUUCUGCUAAAACAAAAAGCUCUGCUGCAUCCUUAGGUGACUCUAAAAUUUUGGCUAAAGUACCUCCUGUUAAUAACUAUGUUGAAAAUAGGCUACCCACCAAAUUUUUAGAGUUGAUGGAAUCUUCACGUUUCAACAUGGCAGAUGAGAGGUGGAAAAAUCCCGAACAUACUAUACUGCAACAGCCCAUAGAGCCAAUUCAUAAACCUUGUCUGGGAUUGAAUAAGGAGAAUAAGGAUACGAAUGUCAAAGAUACUAUUGAGAGAAACACUAUAGGGGCUACAAGAAAGGUCCUUGUAAGGAGUCCUUAUUUUCAGCAUAAACAAGCAGAAAAAGAUAAUUGUGACCAAAAGCCAGAUUGUUUGGUCGAAGAUGAUUUUGCCAUUGGUGAGCAUAAAAAUACCGUACUUGACAGUGGUUUAGACAAAGUUGAAGAUACUUUUGAGGGAACGACUGCGGAGGCAACAAGAAAGGUCAUUGCAAGGAGUCCUUGUUUUCAGCAUAAGCAAGAAGAAAGGAAUAACUGUGAGAGAAAGCAUGAUUGUUUGAUCAAAGAUGAUGUUGCCAUUGGUGAGCAUAAAAAUACUAUAUCUGACAGUGCUUUAGGCAAAGCUGAAGAUACUAUCGAGAGGGAGACUACGCAAGCAACAAGAAAGGUCCUUGUAAGGAGUCCUUUUUUCCAGCAUAAACAAGUAGAAAGCAUUGAUUGUCACCAAAAGCAAGAUUGUUUGGUCAAAGAUGAUGUUGCCAUAGUUGAGCCCGUAAAUACCAUAUCGGACACCCAUAUGAUAAAUAAAGUCCUGAAAAGGAAGAUAUCUGCUGACAGUGCUCAAAGUGAAAACCUGCAGCCGGGCAACAUGGAGUCUGCCUCAACUCUUCCUGACCAUGGUUGUUGUCAUCAAAAUUCCGAUAGAACAUCUACAGAGGGGAAUUCUGAAGAGAAGUUUGGUGCAAAUAUUUCCCACCUAGACCAUUACUCAAAAAUAUCAGAGAAAUCUUUAGAAAAAUUUACCUUAAUGUUAUCAUCCUUCAGAUACACCUCAUCUGGUUCUCGUGCCAGCGGUCUCCGUGCUCCUUUGAGGGAUGUUCAGAACACUUGUAACAGUAGGCCAAAAGCUGUGGACAUCGAACAGUUUGCAUUUGCGCCGAAAAAACAAAAGACUGACAGAGUAAGUCGGUGAGGCUAAUUCAAGUUUAAGCAGAGCUGUGAUUGGCUAAGGUUUAUGCCAUCUAUGCAGCCAUGGCAUUGACCUAUAUUGGAGCUUUUUUUCAUUGGCAACAGCGAGUUAGAUUGCUGAUCUAACCUCCCAGUUGAGUGCGAUUUCUUUUCCUAUAAUCACACAUUUUUGAAACAAUUUGGCUUCAGCUCAUCAUUAAAAAGUGGAAGUAUAUCAUAUCAUGCUUCCACCUUCCUGAUUGAUUGUACUCAUUAUCCACAGUUGAGUGUACAUCUUACCAUUUCGGUUGUAUAUUCAUUUAUAAAUACUAUACUGAUCGGUUUAAAAUAGAAAAUGAAGUUAAUUUUCUUUUC